CGCGAGUUACUCCUCAGAGGACCAAUGCGAGCAGCCCGCUGACCGACCCCACGAGAACUUUUAAGGCGUUCUUGGGAUGUUCUUCAGAAGAUCAGAAGAUGAAACGGCCUACCCGUAAAUGCUGCUGGAAAGUGUUCUUAAGGUGUUUGUUGUUCUGCGUGUUCCUGCUGUGUAUGAUCUACAUCUGCAAAGUUGGAAUAUACCCUAGAAGAUGUGACGUCAGAGCCGUGGAUCCUGAUCACGUGAAAAGAGCAAAAAGUUUUGCUAAAAGAGUGAUACGGGCGGAAUGUCGACCAAACUUCGCCAGGACAGCGAUGGGCGACUUAUUCGGCAGCAGGUACAGCACCAACAUGUCGGUGUUUCUAAGAAAACAAGAUCUCAGUGAAACGCUGUACCAGUACAGCCCCCCGUUUGGUUUUCCCCGCUACACGGAGCUGCUUGAAGACAUUCUAACGAUGAUGCCAGAAGACGGCCUUCCUAAGAGAUUAGAAUCCAAGUCCUGCAAGCGCUGCAUUGUCAUAGGAAGCGGUGGGAUCCUUCGCGGACUCCAGCUGGGAAGUGUUGUGGACCAGUAUGACAUUGUCAUCAGGCUGAACAAUGCUCCGGUGACUGGACACGCUCAAGACGUGGGCAACAGAACGACCAUCAGGAUGACCUAUCCGGAAGGGGCCCCGGCUUCCAAAGAAGAGUAUUUCGUCGAUGGUCUCUUUCUGACCGUUAUAUUUAAGCAUGCGGAUAUCCUGUGGCUCCAGGCUUUGCUGAAGAAUGAAACAUUGUCUGCGUGGAAUAAGUUGUUUUUCUGGAAGAGCGUCGUGGAGCGGCUCCCGCUGAAACCCAACCAAAUUCGCAUAGUGAAUCCUCUCGUUGUGAAAGAGACGUCGCUCGAUAUACUCCGGUAUCCUGCACCGCGACAUAAGCGGUGGGGAUGGGAGAAGAAUGUGCCGACAAUAGGUGUGAGUGCCCUUGUCCUGGCUACCCAUCUGUGUGAUGAGGUGAGCCUAGCUGGAUUUGGUUAUGAUCUCAGCCAGCCGGACGCUUCCUUGCACUAUUUUGAUAACCUCUGCAUGAACGCGAUGAACCUGCAGCCCAUGCACGACAUCACCGAGGAGAAAAAACUCCUGCAGACGCUGGUCAAAGGAGGCAUCGUGAAGGACCUCAGCGGAGGGAUACACUGUGCGUUCUGCUCGGAGCACCAAUCAGAGGCCUGAGCGUUCAGCCAUGACUAUAUCUCUCCGCCCUCACCCACUGUGCCUUUCACUGCUUAAACACGGGGUGAGCGGGACUCCCCCCCCCCAUGUGACACAUCAGGGUCCCUCCACUUACUGAAACUAUGCAAAUUUAUGCAGAAUUAUGCUGCUCACAUCACGCACAUCCUCGCGUGGCAACGUCCGGGACUGGCGCGUGCCGGAGGAACGUUAGUGUGCGGUGAUGCCGCGUCCAUGAAACUUCACGGGAUAAUACUGAAAGGGGUUUCGGUUUUCUUUUGUCAUGUAUACCAAAUACACCAGAACGACCGCACUAUUUUGCAACUCCGAACCUCAACACUAGAGGGCACUGUUCUACAGGAAAGUGGAAACUCCUCCCACUCUUUUUUUUUCUUUACACUUUUUAAACUUUAUUUGUCUUGAACAACAAUAAGAGAACCCUGUGUGUAUUCGCAUCUCGUCACUAGGAUUUUGAGUCGUUUCA